AUGGAAAACCACCCCUCGCCCGAUUCCCGCUCGCAAUUCCCGUCGCAUAGGGAACCGCGAGUAUGGCUGAUCACCGCGGGGGAUUCGCCCAUCGGCAUCUCAGUUGCGCGACAAGCUCUUGCGCAUGGUGACUAUGUCCUGCUCGGGCUAGCGCAUACGGUCCUGGAUCGUGAUGAGCGACGCCGAGAUGGUUUCGACGCAUUCCUAGCGGAAGUGGAGGAACACCACGACGAAGGAUGGAUGCAACGAAUGACAUCUGUCCCCUUGGACAUCAGGAUGAUGGGUGAAUGCCAGGCGGUCUUCGCGCAAGCAGUUGCGACCUUUGGUCGAGUCGAUAUCCUCUUAUGCUGCACAAGCCAAGCCCUAAUUGGAACCGUCGAAGAGCUGUCUGCUUCCCCACAGACCUUGAACCUUGUUCGCGAUCAAUUUGAGGUCAACUAUUUCGGUCCUCUCAAUAUCAUCAAAGCUGCAUUGCCUCAUAUGAGGAGAGAAUACUCUGGUCACAUUAUGAUUUUGUCAGGAAUCACCGCCCAUGUUGGGACACCAGGCCUUGGAAUGUAUUGCGCUGCUGGCUGGGCUCUGGAGGGAUUCUGCGAUAGUCUGGCUUUCGAGAUCGCGCCAUUCAACGUCAAGCUCACCAUUGUCCAAAGCAGCAUCGAGAUCGGCAUUCUCGCUAAUCUAGUCACCAGCGUCCCACCAAUUUUCCCCGCCUAUUCCCCCGCAAACAACCAUGCACCACUUUUCCGUGGUAUCCUCAACCACCUCAUUCCCCGACUCCCUGAUGCCGUUUCCGAGGGGGCAACCGGCAACACUACAACUGCCAAUCGAUCUCACGAAAAAGAAGGAAGCUCAAGAGUGAACUCGAUCGAGAAUGGCCCAUUCUCAGUACCCGAGGUGGUAUCGAUGCAUCCUCCAUUGAGCUCUGCACACCUAGAAGUCUUGGUUUCGGAAACAGUAUAUGCUAUCACGUCUAUUGCCGGCCAUGAAAAUCCACCUUCUCGGCAUAUUGUCGGGCAAGAAGGUGUCGCUAGCGUCAAGGAGAAGCUGAAAACCGUUAGCGAGGAGCUCGAGGAUUUCAUUCAGGCUAGUUUCGCCGUCGAUGUGGCAGCUGAUGCAGAGCCUGUGCCUCCCAUGGGAAACACGACCCAAACACCUUUCUGA